AUGAAUUUGAACAUGCAAGAACUUGAGCCACCUGCUCUCGGAUUGUCCCUCAUCAAAGAGGACCGAUUUGAGCUACAACAACGACUGCGACUGACUACGUAUUGGAACGAAAUUAGCUACGAAAUACUUAAAAUCAAUUUCAAUAUCAAAAAAAUGAACACGGCUUCAACGAUUUUGCAAUCUUAUCUUGGUGUCGCCCUAGUAUCGACGAAACAUGGUCGUCCUCUUUGCCAUCUCGACAGGACGCUCCCUUUGCCUCAAUUUUUUGUACCUCCCAGUGCAACUCAAAAAGCGUACAGCAGCACACUUGGCAAAUUAUCAAUGUGUUUGCUGUAUGUAUCAAUAUGGAAAUUGAAGAAUACCCUUGAUGAGAAUACGAAGACAACUUUCCUGAUGAAUCAAAAGCGAUGAU